AUGGCUGGAAAGACGGGCGUCCCUCAUCAGAGGGCUGGAGAUCCAAGUCCAGACACAAAUUCAACUCGACUCCAAUUCCCAACAGUUUAUACCAAGACAGACCAAGAUGAACUGAAAGAAUGGAUUAUGACAACAGAAUCACGACAAGGGGAGGGUCCCGGCAGGCCAGAUGAUGAGCCGCCGAGUGAGAAGCCCGUCGUCUCAACCAGCGUCGACGGGGAUCCAGCACAGGCAGUACCACCGCCAUACUCAUCCUACACAUCCAGGCAAAAGACAAUGAUCGUCCUCGCCGCAGCGCUGGCCGCCUUCUUCUCGCCGCUGACGGGCCAGAUCUACUUCCCAGCGCUCAACGUUAUCGCCGAGGAGCUCAACGUGACAGCCUCGCAGAUCAACCUGACGGUGUCGACAUACAUGAUCUUCCAGGGCAUCACCCCGAUGUUCAUCGGCGGCUUCGCCGACACGGCAGGACGGAGGCCAGCGUUCAUCCUCUGCUUCGUGAUCUACAUCCUCGCGAACGAGGGUGUUGCAGUGAGCGUCAACUACACGCAGCUGCUGGUCCUGCGGUGCUUCCAGAGCGCCGGGAUCGCCGCCACCAUCGCGCUGAGCCAGGCCGUCAUCGCCGACACCGUCACCAGCGCCGAGAGGGGGAACUAUAUCGGCCUCACCGUGCUGCCCGUCGUGCUGGCUCCGAGCCUGGGCCCCGUGUUGGGGGGCGUGCUUUCUCAGUAUCUGGGAUGGAGGUCAAUUUUCUGGUUCCUGACGAUCUUUGCCGCCGUAACACUCGUCCUCAUCAUCUUCUUUUUUCCGGAGACAUGUCGCAAGCUGGUCGGCGACGGAAGCAUCCGCCCACACCCCGCGUACAGGACGUUGUUGCAGGUUAUCUCGGACCGCCGGAAGAAGCGCCAGGCAGAGCGGACCGGCGACCACGAGGCCCUCCGGCGCAUCAAGAAGGCCACAUCGAGGAAGCACCGGCCCAAGCUCACGGUCGGCUUCGGCAACCCACUGGAUUCUCUAAAGAUGCUCUUCGAGCCGCUCCUCGGCCUGCUUCUCGGGUACGGCGCUAUCGUCUUUGCGGGCUUUUACGCCAUUUCGACCGUGAUGCCAUCCCAGCUCCAGCGCCUGUACGGCUUCGACGACGUCAAGGUCGGCCUGAUGUACCUGCCCAUGGCCGCCGGGUCAGCCGUCGCAGCUUUCGUCACCGGCCCGGCCAUCGACUGGAACUACCGCCGCCACGCCAAGAAACACGGCAUCGCCUUGACCAAGGGCGCCCAGGACGACCUGUCCAACUUCCCCGUGGAGCGUGCGCGUAUCGAGAUCGGCCUGCCGCUGCUGGCGCUCGCAACCGCUGUUCUUUUCGCCUGGGGAUGGGCGCUGCAGUAUAAGGCACCGAUUGCCGUGCUAUGCAUCCUGCUGUUCCUCAAUGGCGUCGGGAUGAUCGGUUACACGAACUCGUCGACCGUUUUGAUUAUUGACAUGUAUCAAAAGAAGGCCGGCGCAGCCACCGCUGCCGGUAAUCUGACUCGGUGCCUGCUCGGUGCUGCUGCGACUGCCGCCGUCUCGCCCUUGGUUGAAGCAAUUGGGGUCGGCUGGACGUUCGUGAUCUUCGGUUUCUUGUACCUGGCCGGAGCGCCUCUGUUGCUCCUUGUCAUGAGGAACGGGAUCGCGUGGAGACGCAAUAUUCGAGCAAAGGAGGAGAGAAAACGGAUAAAGAGGGAGGAGAAAGAGAGGGAGAAGUCAAAUCAAGCUACCGGUCAGGGCGUUAAUAAGGUUCCAUGA